GUACACAAAUCACAAAUGAGUGUAAAAACAAUACACAAUAUUUCAUCUACAAUUCACAAUAACAAUUGUUUGUAAUUUUUACAAACAGCAUAACUAUUAACCAAAGUAAUUAACGGAAGAACGAAACUGAAAUAAAUAUUCAAAAAUUAACUCGCAGCAUCCUAAACUUUAGUCUUUAGCCAAAUACUUAAUUCAAUUGAAAAAUGGCUUCGGUUCCAAUUUGUGCAAAUUGUACAGAUUCUUCGAGUAAUUCAGAAGAAGCUGAAGGAUUUGGAACUGAAAUUCAGCUGAACAAUAGUGAAGAGAAAGUGAAAUUUUCUAAAAUAAUUGCAACAAUAUUCUCUUCAGUCUCUCCAUUUGGUGACCAAGUAAAAUACGAUGACGAAGGGGAUUCUUGGACUUUGUGCAGCACUUGUUCAAUAAUUUUAACCAAAUUGUAUAAACACUAUCAAAAUUUUGUGAAGUUAACGAAGAAGGAGUCACUACUUUAUGGGAAAUAUUUUGCCAAUAAUACUACUGUAAAUCGGAUCCAAUGCAAAAAGAGAAAAGUACGCGAAAAUUCUAGGGAUCCUGGAUCUUUCUUAAUAGAUGCUGAUGCCGUACACGUAAAACUUGAAAACGAACGCCAGGACGAUUGGGAGAACGAAUACGAUAAUUUUGAUACCUCAUAUUUGGAUCGACGUGACCCGAUGAAUAAUUUUAUAAUAAUUCCGGAUGAUGUAGCCAAGUUGAAGAAAAAGAGGGGCCGUCCCCGACAAAUUAAUUCGUCACCUUCAUCCCGUCUGAAAGGGAAAGUAGGCCGGCCUCGGAAAGCUUCAAGUCCUUCUCGAACGAUUAAUAACAAGGGGACAGGUUCUCGUACACCCGCAAAAAAUGUAGAUGCUGAAGUUGAUCAAGCUUUGAGUCAAGAGCAAAAAUUUUGCCCUAUAAAAUCACAACGAACUGACGACUCGGAAGAAAGUUCCAGCUCCUGCAAUUUCAAAAGGGGAGAUCAAGACCAAGACGUUGACCUCAAGCAGGACGAGGAAGAAGAAGAGAAGUCAAGGAAAAAACCCGUCAAUAAAAACCCCCGAAAAAGAAAUCGUGCUUCUAAACCCUCAAAGUUCGAAAUUGAGAUUAUUGGAGGCACCAAAUUUUUCAAGUGUCCCACCGAAGGGUGUUCGAAAAUGGCUACGACCUCGUCAAACCUUGUGACUCAUAUAAGAUGCGUUCAUGAGCAAGAAAAACGAUUCAAGUGUGAGACGUGCGCCAAACUAUUCUCCUCGAGCAGUUCAUUACAGUUACACACGGUCCGAUUCCAUUCUGCGGAUGGGGGACAACAACUCUACGUGUGCAAGGUGCCCGGAUGUGGAAGGUCCUUCGCGUACCCGGCUAGCCUGGCUACACAUCGCUUCGACCACGUCCCCCAGACCGAGUUUCCAUUCACCUGUGACAUCUGCGUCGCCAAGUUUAAGCGAAGUUGUGACUUGGCCACUCACAUGGCGAGACAUUCGGAGGAGCGAGCCUGGAUGUGCGAUAUCUGUGGGGGCGCAUACAAGACGAAAGUUGCGCUGCGUAAACACGUCAAAUUUCAACAUUCAGACGCCAUGGUCAGAACCUGUGAAAUUUGCGGGAAACAGUUGAGAAAUAUUUUCAAUUUACGGAUCCAUAUUCAAAAUGUUCAUAAUGUCGGGACAGCCAAACCCCAUUUGUGUCCGACUUGUGGGAAAUCAUUUUCUUCCGCGGGUGGGUUGAAGAAACACGAAGAGAGUCAGCAUCAUUCCCAAGUGAUUCACCAGAAUCAAAAUCAUGGGUUCCAAACGGAAACGGGUUUUGCAACAUUUUAGAUGGUAGUUCUGUAGAAAUUCCACAGGAUAUUCCUAAUAAUUAUAUAACUCAGCCAGAAGUAUCUAUUUGUACACAUUUCAUGUAAUGUUUAUUCGACACUGUUUCGUAUAAAUAAAUCAAAACUUCAGUUUCAAAAUAUA